AUACAAAACCCGCGCGGAAUUAGUACGAGUAUCCGCUGCAGUUAUGGGGAUUGAGUUUUCAUACGCCGCGGAAACAGCUUUUGUGUCACCAACAUUGCUUAAAAUUGGCGUGGAGCAUCAGCACAUGACAUUAGUUUGGGCUCUUUCACCGCUAGUCGGAUUUUUCCUGUGCCCUAUUUUGGGGUCAUUUUCAGAUCGUUGCAAAUUAAAUAUGGGACGACGGCGACCGUUUAUAAUUAUUUUGUCUAUAGGUGUUUUUCUUGGGUUGAUAUUGGUGCCAAACGGGGAAAACUUAGGAUACUGGUUCGGUGAUGUAGACCCACAUUUGCAGGCUGUUGCAAUGAAUACGACGUAUAAUACAACGUAUAAUUAUUUAAAUAUUAUACCUCAUAAAACGACUGCGUCGAAGUCAGACAGCGAAAUCUAUUCUAAGACAUCACAUCCUUGGGGAAUUUUUUUCACCGUGCUAGGUACUGUGCUACUCGAUUUUGACGCGGAUGCCUGUCAAAGUCCAUCCAGGGCUUACCUAUUGGAUGUGUGCAUUCCAGCAGAUCAUGCCAAGGGGCUAUCUACAUUCACUAUUAUGGCUGGCCUUGGAGGCUUUUUUGGUUAUUCAAUGGGUGGCUUAAACUGGGAUGAAACCGAAAUUGGUAGACGCUUAGGAGGACAUGUCAAGGCAGUCUUCACUAUUAUUACAUUUAUUUUCAUCGCCUGUGUAACAUUUACGAUAACCAGCUUUACCGAAAUUCCGCUUUGGGCGCUUUCUUCCUCUUUCGGGAAAAGAGAAAAUCACCAGUUAGACAACGCAUCUGUACAUUAUGGUACCAUUAAUAGUGGUGAUGAGAGUAAAAUUGAUGAAAAUUAUCUUGAG